AUGUUUUGCUGCUCGAAUGCGAAAAAGAAAUCAUCACAAACUCCAUAAAAGAAGUAGAAUAAUCGUUAGAAUUCUUCAGAACAAACUCUCAAUAUUAAUGAUGAAGCAUUAACUUUUAUCACAACCAUAUAAAUCCAACAUAUUAAUACCAUUCAAACAUACAAGAUUACUCAAGACAUUUAAACUUUUAGAAGCAGCAGAUCUAAUAGUAGAGGAACUAAAAAUAAUGACCAUGUUGCAUAAUCGAUUCUUGUCAAACCUUUACGUAAAUCUCCUUUUCUAACUUUCAACAAAAAAGGCACUGAUACUACAACCAAAUACUUAUCUACGAAAUAAGGAUAUACUCUUCUUGUAACUAGGACUCCUCAAUGA